AUGCGCGUGGACGUGGACCGCAUCCUGAAGAGCCCCGAGGCCACGUACACGGCCAGCUACAACCAGCGCGACCUGCUGCUGUACGCCGUGGGCAUCGGCGAGUCGGCGCUGCAGUUCACGUACGAGUUCGACGAGCGCUUCUCGGCCUUCCCGCUCUACCCCGUGUGCCUGCCCUUCAAGGGCCAGUCGCAGGACGUGGUGCCCUUCCCGCCCGAGACCAUCUCGGCCGCGCCCGACGGCAUGCCCAGCUUCAACCCGGCCAUGAUCCUGCACGGCGAGCAGUCGGUGGAGAUCCUGCGGCCGCUGGACCCCGCGGGCGGCACCCUCACGGGCAAGACCAAGGUCAUCUCGUUCUACGACAAGGGCAAGGGCACGCUCAUGGAGACGCAGACGCAGUUCGAGGACGCCAACGGACCCGUAGCCAGGCUCGUCAGCGGCUCCUUCAUCCGCGGGCUCACGGGCUACGAGGGCAAGGGACGCAAGCUGCCGGCGCGCGUGCAGAUCCCCAAGCGCCAGCCCGACUUCUUCGACGAGUUCAAGACCUCGCCGCACCAGGCUCAAGUGUACCGGCUGUCGGGUGACUACAACUUGCUGCACAUUGACCCGGAGGUCGCCAAGAGCGUGGGCUUUAAGCAGCCGAUCCUGCACGGCCUCUGCUCCAUGGGCGUGGCCAGCCGCGCGCUGUACAAGCAGUUCUGCGGCGGCGACGCGGCGCGCUUCAAGUCCAUCCGCGUGCGCUUCUCGAGCCCGUGCUUCCCGGGCGAGACCAUCCAGACCCGCAUGUGGCAGGAGGGCAAUGGCAAGGUGCUGUUCCAGGCCGUGGUCAAGGAGCGCGGCGUCGUGAUCGUCGACGGCGGCGAGUUCGUGUACGCCCACGACGCGGCCUCGCGCCUGUAG